AACGCGAUCCCCACCAAUGAAUAAACAACACCGUGCUGUAAUAUACACGUAUUAUCACGUAAGGUAACGCACCAAAUCACGCAUAUAAAACAUCAUAGGACACCAUAAGAAAAUUCUAUUUCCCCUGAAAACAAUUCACAAUGAUGUACUUCAAAGCAAUAUCGAAAGUUGGAAUUUGUUUGCUUUGCCUCAUUUGUACUGUACACGUUACAGAAAGCGCUUCCACUGAGCAAAAGAAUUCAUCUACAGUAAGUACUAAUGGUGUCUCGGAACGAAUGAAAAAACCUUCUAUUAUAGAUCGGUUCUGUAAAAAACAGAUGGGUAAUAAAGAGGGGGACAAGAAAUCACAGAUUGCCUCAUCUAAAGAAGGGCUGCUUCCAUUGAGGGAGUCGAAAUCAAAUAACGAUUAUCCGCCUUAUGGAGACGGCACUAAACAUUUUUAUACCCCUUAUAGCCGUGGAAUGACCACACCCGAUGGAUUUGUCGUAUAAAUUGCCAUGCUUCAAAUGGAGUGUAUUGUGUUGUUAAAAUAUGAGAACUACCAAGCCAACAACUAGUUGUGCAUGUUGAGCACUACCGUAGGCAUCACAUAGGAGUAUGCGGAAAGCAGAAAUGGAACAUUGGUGAUUUGUAUAACAUAUUCCUGCAUACUAGAACAGGAUUUCGUUUCAUAGUAUCCCGAUGUGGAAUG